UAAAGAGACAGAGGCCCAAUUUUAAGGUGCUAAAAUACAAAGUCAAAUUUCUAACUUUAAUAAUGGACUUUAGUCAACAUCAGUGGAUGUUUGUGGUCCCACUUUCCAUUAACAUUCAACAAAAAUAACAAUAAAAGUAAAUAUGACAAAUAACAGACUGUGUGUUGUGACUAACGGUUUCCAGUUUAAGAAGAUUUAAAAAUCUUUCCCUAUAAGAUUUAAAAUGUCCAAAAUGAUUGGCUGAUCAUGUUUCCAUCUUGAUGCUGAUUGGCUGAUCAUGUGAGGAAGGUGCUUGCUGCAGCUCUAAGACUUUUGCUGCGAUCUUGGCAAACUUUGUGGCUCCUAUCAGCAGGGAAAACCUUGCUGCCCCGCCCAUCGCCGGGCGAACAGGAAGCCGUAUCAGAACCACUUUCAGCUCAAAAAGUCGGUUUGUUCUCGACUCCAGAGCAGAAAUGGAGCCAAAGUGCUGAAGGAACAACAUGGAUCCGUGAUCUGGACCGGACUCUGCUGCAGAACCUAAACUCAGGUUCAGAUGUGUCUCCGUUCCUCCUGGCGCUGACAGGAAACAGCCGCGACCUGCAGCUGGACUGAAGCAGGAUGACGUCAGCCUGGACACCGCUCUGCGUCAGGCUGCGCCCUUUCCGCCUCCCUUUGGCCUCGCCCCUAGGACGUCGCCUCCACGUCGGCCAGCGCGCUUCCAUCACCAAAGCGUUCUCGGCGCGCGACGUGGAGCUGUUCGCCGAGCUAACGGGCGACACCAACCCGCUCCACGUCGACCCGGCCUACGCCAGCACCACGUCCUUCGAGGCGCCCAUCGUCCAUGGCGUCCUCAUCAACGGCCUGAUGUCGGCGGUGCUCGGCACCCGGAUGCCCGGCCCCGGCUGCGUCUUCCUGUACCAGGAGAUCCGCUUCCCGGCACCGCUCUUCGUCGGCGAGGAGGUUCUGGCCGAGGCGGAAGUGCGUAAAAUCAAGAUGUCGUUCGCCUUCAUUGCGGUGACGUGCUCCGCCAAGGACAAGGUGGUGAUGGAGGGGGAGGUGAUGGUGAUGAUGCCUGAGAAGCAGCAGCAGGAGUGACGAAGAAGAUGGCGGUUAAAUCCGGGUCCCUGACAGCGUUUCUGUCAAGUUUAACUUUAUUUAAGUGUUCUGUACGGAGGCCCCUGAGGGACAUUCGGGAACGUUUUUUUCUUUUGCGUUUCCUCGCAAUAAAUUAGCAAACGCAUCCCGGUCUGUUCUGUACAGUCACAGUUUAAUAAGUUAAUUUAAAAGUUCACACGCCUUUAAAGAGCCUCAGUAAAAAA